GGCGAGUUUGCAGCGCUGUCGGCGAGCAAAGUUUUGAUUGGCUGUGAAAAGUUGUUUACGUUAGAAAAGUAUAGUUUGAAAGUUGAUCUGAUAGUCAAGACUAAAUCCCGAAUAUUUCUCGUAUUUAUAAUCGUUCUUCGCGUGGAGUUUCACGAUGGUGCGAUAUGCCGCCCUUAAAGGACUGUAUGACCUGGAAGAGACAAUCGGUAGCGGCGGUUUCGCUAAAGUUAAACUUGCCACUCACGUUGCUACCGGCGAGAAGGUUGCUAUUAAGGUUAUGAGUAAGACUGCAUUGGGUGAAGACCUACCAAGAGUAAAGCUGGAAGUAGAGGCGCUUAAGACGUUGUUACAUCAACAUAUUUGUAGAUUAUAUCAGGUUAUAGAGACAGAGAGUAAUUAUUUUAUGGUGAUAGAAUAUUGCUCUGGUGGAGAAUUAUUUGAUCAUAUAGUGGAGAAGAAUAGAUUAUCAGAAACUGUCUCCCGUAAGUUCUUUCGCCAGAUAGUUUCUGCUGUGGCUUAUAUGCAUAGUUUAGGCUAUGCUCACAGGGAUUUGAAACCUGAGAAUGUUUUGUUGGAUAAAGAACAGAAUUUAAAAUUAAUUGACUUUGGUCUAUGUGCAAAACCCAAGAUGGGAAUGCAGUCGCACUUGUAUACUUCUUGUGGUUCUCCUACCUAUGCUGCUCCAGAGCUUAUAAUGGGAAAAAAAUAUUUAGGUUCAGAAGUAGAUAUUUGGAGCAUGGGAGUCCUCCUCUAUGCUUUACUAUGUGGCUUCUUGCCUUUUGAUGAUAAUAAUUUAGAAACUUUAUAUAAAAAGAUACUUAGUGGCAAAUAUGAAGAACCAUAUUGGUUGUCUAACAAUAGUAAAAUGCUGAUCAGGAAGAUGCUACAAACCGAUCCGACAAAAAGGAUUACUAUUCAUGAAUUAUGUAAUCAUCCAUGGAUUACAUCAAAUUCUCUGAAACCUGUAUCAUUCGUCAAUAGAACCAAUUUCGAAAAGGAUGAGGAAGUAUUGAGCACUAUGUCUGCUAUUUGCGGUGAAAACAGCAUGGACAUAUGGAAAAAACUCGUGAAGAGUGAUAGGACUGAUUAUAGAACAGCUACGUAUUUGUUAUUACUUGACAGAAAACUACGCGGAUUUUCAUUGAAAAUAACGCCUAUAACAAGAUCAUAUCUCAAGACAGAAAUGAACGGCCCGAGCCUUCUAAAACGCGAAGCAGAAAUGAAUAACUUUAUAACUAAACUCGACCAUUCUCCAAGAAAUAAAAUGAACAACAGAUCUCCAGUUGAUGUUACAUAUAAUGUUUUGCCCAAAAAUCUAGACAAAGGUGAGAGUAAUUUCACAGAACCUUGUAUACCAGUACGGAAAAGAUUACGAAGCAGAGAACCUGAUGAUGUAUCAUCUCCUGCGAAAAGAUCGACUGAAAAGGAUAGAAUGAGUAGUACUCCAACGCAAUCCGUAACACCGGAGCCCAGGAGUACUCAAACGUCUACACCCGGUAGUGCGAGAAAAGUGAUGAUGGGUUUAGAGCGAGGAUUGAAUCGGGUAAGAUAUGUUCUCACGCCGAAGAGGCGAAUAAAGAACGAAAAUACGGAUCCCGAUGAACCGAACAUAUUGUCGGGGAAGGGCCUUUCCAAUGUGUCUUCAACAUGCAGCGCAUGUCCACAAUAUGUUCUUUCAAAACUACGAAGGGCGCUUCGGCGAAAGGGUAUAAUGUGUCGACAGAAAGGAUUUAUCUUGCAAGGGGAAACUGAGGAGUCUUUCUCAGAAGAUAAAAAGAACUCACCAAAGUCGAUCUGCUCCCAGAAUUCCUGUUCCUUCGAACUCGAGGUCUGUCUUUUGGAGACAGGUUCGAAUGACAAGCCAUUAGUUGGCAUUCGUCGAAAGAGGUUGAAGGGCGACGCGUGGGUGUAUAAGCGCGUUUGCGAGGAAGUUCUUGCUCUGGCAGCAGAGGAUAUCUCUAUAGAUCAGGAAGGUUCUUCCGAGUCCAAGUGUCCUAUUUGAGAUAAUUGUCGUAGUUGUAUGUUCAUCUACGAUAUAUAUAUAUAUAUAACUCUUAAUACACAUAUACGUCCUCAAUAAUCCGAGAUAUGCUUGCACAUAUCUUGAUCUCUUAGAUAUUAACAGUAUUAAGAUGUAUAUUUCUCAUAGAGAACCGUAUGAACUGUAUGUGCAACAGUUAAUGUGAGUCUUGAACAUUAUUAUGCAAUUCUUAACUAUAUUAAUUCUAAACUAUGUUAGAUGCAUCGCUGUUAUGGUGAGAUAUAUUUUGUCGUACGUUUAUCUUCUAGUGAGAAUUAUAUAUGACUAAACAAAGAUAAAGAAUAUUCCUACGGUACGGGUUAUAAUCGUAUAAGUACAAAAAAAUAAAAUGUAAUAAUAUGCGAUAUCAAAUUUUAAUAAAUUUUAUACAUUUCAUAAA